UAAAAUCUACUCAUCCAUGGCUUACAAUUUUGAAGCACACCAGAAUUCGGAACAUUCUCGACGGCUUACUACACAAAAAUCAUGGCAAUUGCUUCUUCUCAACAGAGCUUCCUCACUAACGCCCUGACUGCAACCCAGAAACCCAGAAAUAAAAGGAAUAUCAAUUCAAUAACUCUAAUAUCAUGCCGAUCGUUCACCGAUGACCACAGUCACUCCUCAAGCAAGAAUGAGAUGAAGUUGGCAAAGCUAGCUAUUGUGACGUUUGCUGCCGGCGUCUUGACACUGGGACCCGUUCAUGAAGCAUCGGCGGCGAAGACUGGUGGUAGAGUGGGCGGUCAGGCGUUCCGAUCUUCAGCUCCUCGGUCAUCUCCUAGAAUCAAUAACUCCAGGACCAACAUCUACAUCAAUCCACCAGUGGCACCACCUCUGAUUGGUGGCUAUGGAUAUGGUGUCCCAUUUUAUGGUGGAUGGGGCUGGUCGCCAUUUUCAUUCUUCGCCGGACCCAGUGUUGCCGUUGGUGUUGGAGGAGGGUUCGAGGUUUUCGUAUUGUUUUUAGUCCUUGGUGCUGUUGCUGCUGUAAUCAGGAGAUUCACUGGACAAAGGGAUGAAGAUGAUGACUACUAAUGACUUAUUUUAUGUUUAUCAUGUUCAAUGACAAUUCAACUAUUUUUCUUUAAAGAGGCUACAGAAUAAUUGAAAAUGUCAGCUACUUGUAUUUUGAUAUGGCAUUGAGAAAAUUAUACUAAUUCAUACUUUUCAAAUUUUAUCUGAUAAUGGAAAGAAAUAGUUUCGGAGCUC